UGUGCGACUUUAUUUCCUUCCUAACUUUUUACUUCCCCACUCAAAACUAUUACUAAGCUAGUCUUCCUUGUCUUUCUCCUAGAAGAUCUCAAAUUCAGUUCUCAUUCCUUUGCUUCUCUUUUAGGGUUUAGUUUUCGCAGCCAUUAAAAACCUCAGUCGAUUUUCGUAUCUCUUUCUGUUUUCUUUUUUACCUGAAGGAUCGAGAAAUCAAAGAAGUGUUUGUUUUUCUCGAUCUUAAAGGUAAAUCAUAAUCAAAAUGAUCCACUCAAUUAAACAUUCUUCGGCGACUCUUCCCCCUUCUGAUCUUAUUCGGCAAAGAUCAGUGAUUACGCAAAACCCAAGGUUUUUAUCACUUCCUUCACUUUCAAAAUCUGUGAUCACAGCUAAAAAACCCUUAUGUAUUUCAUCGAUUCAAAGACUUGGGUUUUCAGAAUUAUCAAAGCCUAGAAAGCCUAUAAUUCAAUGCAAAGCUGCUGAAUCUGAUGAACCUAAUUCAUCAGCUAUUGAUGAUCAACAAACAAAAUCAGUUGCAGCACAGAAAAUGAAAAUCAGUAUUUAUUUUGCUACGUGGUGGGCGUUGAAUGUUGUUUUCAACAUCUAUAAUAAGAAAGUUCUUAAUGCUUUUCCAUUCCCAUGGCUCACUUCUACUUUAUCACUUGCUGCUGGAUCAGCAAUCAUGUUGAUUUCAUGGGUUUUCAGAAUUGCUGAAGCACCCCAAACUGAUUUAGAAUUUUGGAAAACUCUCUUUCCGGUGGCUCUUGCACAUACAAUUGGGCAUGUAGCAGCAACUGUUAGUAUGUCAAAGGUUGCUGUGUCAUUUACUCAUAUUAUCAAAAGUGCUGAGCCUGCUUUCAGUGUUUUGGUUUCUAGGUUCUUGUUGGGUGAAACUUUCCCAAUGCCUGUUUAUCUUUCGCUUGUCCCGAUUAUCGGUGGUUGUGGACUUGCUGCUCUUACUGAGCUCAAUUUUAAUAUGAUUGGUUUUAUGGGGGCGAUGAUAUCGAAUUUGGCGUUUGUAUUUCGGAACAUAUUCUCGAAGAGAGGAAUGAAGGGGAAAUCUGUUAGUGGGAUGAACUACUAUGCCUGUCUGUCUAUUUUGUCUCUUGUAAUUCUAACACCCUUUGCAAUUGCUGUGGAGGGUCCCCAGAUGUGGUCAAUUGGUUGGGAAAAUGCCAUAGCCCAGAUUGGUCCCAAUUUCGUAUGGUGGGUGGCAGCUCAGAGUGUAUUUUACCACUUAUACAAUCAAGUGUCAUAUAUGUCCCUGGACGAGAUCUCACCCUUGACAUUUAGCAUUGGAAACACAAUGAAGAGGAUAUCUGUCAUUGUCUCAUCUAUCAUCAUCUUCCGCACGCCUGUGCAACCGGUCAAUGCCCUUGGUGCCGCCAUUGCGAUUCUUGGAACUUUCCUCUACUCUCAGGCUAAGCAGUGAAGGACAUAGAGAGAGCAAGGACUUGGACUUUAUCAUGUAAUGUAUAUAUAAUCAAAAGCGGCAGAGACACUACGCAAGAUGAGAAUGUGCACAGUUCCUGUUUUGAAGCUCUGAGAAGCAUUCCAUUUUGGUUGAUUUGGAGCAGCAGUAGAUCGUCGUGUUGUAGAUAUAAUAAUAAAGCAAGUAAAUGGUCUUUUACAGAUGAUAUGGUAGAAAAAUGGUUUUUCUCCCUUCACUUGUUUUGGGGUUUUCCCCAUUUGAUAAUUUAGUUAAUAAGAACAACCUUCUGGAUUCGUGUUUCUUAACCACUAUUGUUCUCAUAAUCUGAAUAUUCUCAUCUUCUGGCA